AUGUCUUCAUCAACAGACAAAGAGGGCAGAGUCAUUAGGUUCAAUGAAGAGAACAUGAAAAAGCUUGAGGAUAUUGAAACGAGACAAAAGAGUCUUCGCGAAAGUUCUCACAUAACGCGGAGAUUGACCCCAGAGCAACUAUCUGCUUUCGACGUAAGCAGCGACGAAGCAGUAAGCCACUUUUGGCAGACAGCCUUUAAUGCCAAAGGUAAUUUCGACGCCAGUCGCGAACACGGCAUCUCAAAGGUCUCCAAGGAAACGACCGGCUUGGCAGCUACGGCCUAUGACCUAUUACGAGGCUUCAGCCCUAUGGUAGAGGUGGUAAAGGACUUUGGAUCCCCGUUCGGCAAUGUUGCUAUUGGAACUCUGUGCUGUUUGUUUGCGGUCGCCAAGAGUCGAGUGAGCAUGGAAGAGAAUAUUGAAACCACAUUAAAGGCCAUCAAAGACCGACUUCCAGGCUUGAGUAUGUACCGACACAUCUACAAUGAAGACCACGAACUCGACCACUUACUACAAUCGUCCAUUGUGGAGACCUACGCCGCGUUUAUGAAUUACUGCAUUGAAGCUCUAGAGUUUUACACUCACGGAAGUUGCCAUCGACUUAUGCAAACAUUCAUAAGCCAGAACGGACUGUCGCAAAAGGCAGACCUUGUGAAGACAGCUGUGGUUAACGUUAGGCUCGUCUGUGAAGAGGCGCUUGGCAAGAAUGUGAAUAGUAUCAAGCAAAAGCUUGAGGAGGUACAAGUGAGCAACGAGAGUCUGCGUGCUCAGAUCCGAGAGCUACAAGAACACAACGACACGAUGACAAUGAACCAAAUAGGCACUCUACUCAACCUCCACGACUUCUCCUGCGAGGAUCACCACAGCCAGCUAGACAGCCACCGGAGGAACAUCGAGGCAGAAUUCUGGCCAAAGACAUGGCAUGGCGAGCAAGAGCGGACUCAACAACUCGACCAGAUCAAAAAUGAUCAGAACGUCAAGAUGUGGCGAGAUUCAAAGGAUUCUGGCCUGUUUGUCGUUUCUGGAGAGAACGACAAUGACAGAGCCCAUAAUUGCUGGGCAUCCUAUGUGGCUCUAGAUCUUAUCGACGAACGAUUGAAUGACUACCCAUGCGCCUUUCACCUAUUCGGCCGCCACGAUCACGAGAACACUAACCUACACGUAUUCUCGUCACUGAUCUACCAAAUACUCCAUCUCAACAAGGAGAUACUUCAAGACCAGACGCAGGUGGAUGAGAUACUGGCAAAGCUCCGUCGGUAUCAGACCGUUCCAGACGAAAGUGAUAAGCGGAAGGCUUUGGAAGAUGUUGCUUCUAGGAUUUUGAAAAUGGUCAGCCGAGAAAAAAUGGUUUGGGUCGUUUUAGACCGUGUUGAUAGAUGCUGUAGCCAGGUCCAGCACCAGUCGCCUAGUGGAAGGAGAUCUCGCCAGGGUGCACGGGCAAUUCUGAACUCGCUUAGUAGGGUGGCUCUGAAAGGAGCUAAUGUCAAGGUUCUCGCGGUGGUGAAUCGGACGGAUUGGCGGGUUGAUCUGGAUGAUGAGGAUAUUGGAGAUGCGCAGGAGUAUGUAACUAUCAAGAGGUUCUGUCAGGUCAACUAG